CUAAAACCGCACAAUCAUCGAGUUUUGAACUGAUUUAUUGCACGCUUAACAGUCUCGAAGCCAAUGAAAGUAUUCCACGCCUGACUGCAACUUGGCUUGUUUCGUUUUCGUUGAUUAAUUGUACCCAUUUUGCAUUGUUUGUACGAUCGGCUCAAUAUAAAGGUUCUCGUUUCGUGACGCGAAUAAUUCCAGCAUUCGUGCGACACAUAACACUGGAACGGUUAUAAUUAUCUUUGGUCUGACGUAGGUUGUUUUACACCCACGCAAUAGAAAGUGCGGCAAUAAAGAACGGCGUUUAGAGGACAGAAGACAUUUUCUACGGUGACACCAUGAAGACACUGCUCACCGCUUCUGUUUCUGGAACUUUGCCGUCGAAGGACGGAAAAGACAAUGAGGUUAGUGGUUGAAAUAUUGUAAUAUCCAAGCUUUUUUGGUUGAUUGACCCGUACCUCGCCAAGCCACAAACACCAAUUCCCCCGAGAAAGUUUUAAACAUCAAUGAUCUUUUCUUUAUAGCAUAUCGAAAACAACAACGCGUAGGGUAACUAUAAACUGAAAAACCAAAACAUUGAGCUGACAAACUAAUAAUCUUUUUGUUUUGUUUUGUUUAUUUUUUCUGUUGCAUGGCAAAAAAUGUUAGUAAUAGACAUCCCUGUAUUUGGAAAUAAAUUUUCGUAAACGAAACCAUUCAUUUUCAAGUAAUCAGAACAAGUUCCUUUACCCUGAGCGCUAUUGCAAGGUUAGGUAGUGCCUUUUAACAUUAGUUAGCGGAAACAGCUUUUGAUUUGUAUAUUUUCCCCAUUAAACAGGCGAAGUCGGAUGCCACGGACUUACAUCAACUUAUACAAUUCUUUCAUGUCCUUUAGGCAUAUAAAAUCACAGUCAUGUUCUCGGAUGGCAGCAAAACCCUGCUACGCAAGAAAUACGAAGAAUUUGUUGAUUUGCAGGUUUGUUUACUUCUCUGGCAGGUUUUUGUAUUUGUUUUCCGAGUACUUGCAUGAUAUUUAUUAACGGGCGAUUAUGCUAAAUCUUGAUCAUUGUUAAACACCUAGAAUUCAAUGCUUUUUAAUUGUUUGUUUAUUUUGAUUAUUUGAAAAAAAUCUCGUUACCUUCAGGAAGAAAACAGUUUAACGCAAUCUUUGCUCACUUAUUUCAUCGUUGCAAGCUUUACCUAGUAAUGUUAAUUGCUCCGGAUUAAAUCAAAGUUAAUUGAACUGCAGAGAUAUCUAGUUCAGUCAGCCAUACAUAAGUUAUGCAAUAUACAGCUGUAUGAUAACAUCAGGCAACAUGCAACGUCAGUCAAAAGUCAACGAUAUAGCCAGCUUAGGUCUUUCUUAUGUACCUAUAUUAAAACAUUUCGCAUGUACUUAGGAAACUUACUUACAUGCAUGACGGAUUAGACCAGGGUUGAAAUGAAACUUUUACGAUUUGUUUCUUGGGGGCAUAGAACAAAGAAUGCAACACGUGCCAAGUAGUACAAUGUCCGGCAAGGGCCAAUCAGAAUGCGAGUCCAGCAGUAUCCAGGAUGUUUCUCACGUGAACCUCAUUUGACGGCCUUGUCUAAAUCUAACGUCGGACGUAGACUAGUUUUCGUAGCAAGCGCUUCCUUUGGGUCUCGGAGAAAAAAAAGACCAAGGAACGCGAUUUUCGGUUUUGGCCGAGCGAAAAAUGUAACGAGAGCCAGAAAAUGAAAGAGGGUGAUGGGGAGGGGAAGGAAAGAAACCCUUACGUUUCGUCCCACCCCCUCCCUGCUCUUUUACUCGCGCCAGUUUUCGCGCGGUCUUUGACUCUAGUUCCUCGUUCUUUGCUCCGAAACUGCACGUAAACUCUCGCUACGCAGGUUAGACGCAGGAGCUAACGCCUCAAUGACGUUCAGCCCAGACAAAUUUAAACUCUCUGUUUUGUUUGUUGUUGUUGUUCUUUUUUUACUACCAUGCGUACGUCUGACAUUACAUGUCAAACAACGGGCCCCUGUUGCUCAAUGGUAGCGGAGCAAUCAGAACUUCAACCUCUGUUAGGAAAUCUCGGAUCAGUUUUUCUCGAAGUCGCCUGUGUCACUAAUUGAAGAAAUGUCAUUUUCAUGCUUUCCUAAGCUUGAACGCAAACCCGGAAACAUUUCAAUGUUGCUUUCUUCUAAAAUUUUUGUUUCUAUUAUUUUACGUCUGACUCUCGUUUUCUAACUUCGCUAUUUAAUAGUGAAAACUAAAUGCAGCUUUGCCGUCCCGGAAAACUGCAAAAUGUGGACGCAUUUUGCUGUUUGGUCUUGCUGCCAGCUAAGCCUGGAACGCCACAAAACUACUUGGACAUGUUUUGAACUUUAAUGUUGAGUUUCCAAUUGUAGGUAACAGUUUAUGACUUAUUAAAGCAAAAAGGUGGCUAUUCGAGGAAGACGUCUAGGACCCUUGUCUCCAGCUUACCAGGUAUGUAAGGUAACAGAUAGCUUGAAGGUUUACUAUGGGGCAAUAACUUCAGACAGCAAUGACAAAAAAAAAAGAAGGCUCUAUGUCACACACGAACUGAUUGGCGGCUCAAUUAGUUGGGUACAAUUUCGGGGCGAAAGGUACGGAUUCGUUUCCCUACCAGCCAAAACUCAGAGUCUUAAGAAAACUGACGAAAAGAUACUGCCGUUAGUAUCACAUCUGCAAAUGGACUACAAUAAGAGUCUAUCAACAUCAACACUUAAAUUGGAGCCCAGCUCUCUUGCGUUGGCCUCAACGAAAUGUGGUUGAAGCGUUCUAAAUGAAAUUAAGUACGGCAUAUCUAUUAAAUUCUAUUUUUUUUCCUUGUGCCCGUGAGCGAUGUAACUGAAUCCUUUAGCUGCUUUUUUUUGCAGAACUCAAUUCGCCUCUCUCGAGAAUUAUGUUCAAAGACAAUGAUUUGAAGAAGAUGGGAAGAAUAGACGAGUUUAUGAGGGUAAAUAGUUUGGAUUAACGAUGAUGUUUAACUGUCUGGCUUAGUUUAAGGUGUUAGAAGGCACAUCAUUGCUCAUUUCCAAGAGGAAUAACUCAGUACACCUAGUUAUUUAGGAACGCAUUUUACAUAGGGCCUGUGUGUGGUGGUCAUUUUUUGGACUGAAACAUAUCUGGCCCCAACGAUGUCUGACAGUCUAAAAAGGGCUUUGAAGCAUAACAGCCAAUGAGGAACCAACAAAGUGCUUUAUUUUUCUAGGAAAUGUUGACCCUUCCAACUGUGGUAAGAGAAUCAGAAGCAGUCAUGAAAUUUUUUGGUGCCUUCAUGGAACAGCAAGAAACUUCUGAACGGUGAGGUUACGUUUAAUUAACAUCUGAUUUCACAGAUUAGAGCUAACCCAGGUAUAGCUUGCCGAUACAUUUUGCUAUACGUAGUUAACUCUAGCCUAGUUCUCUUAGUCAGCAUAAAGGACAGCGUAAUGUAACACUACUUCAAGUUUAUUCACACGUUCUUAAGCGGGAAAAGAUUGUUUGCUUGGCAAUGAGUUUAAGUUAUCCAUCUCUUGAACACGGCGAUCCUUGGUAUUUCAAACUUGAUAAGUCGCCUACAAGACCAUAUAUUUGACUGGAUAAUUGCUAACGAGACAACUUUUUCUUUAUCAAUUUUCAUAUCUAGUAAUGAGUAUGAAGAGGAGUUAAAGAAGAGCCAUAAAGCGGCGGAAUUGCUAAGUGGUAUGUAAAACCGUCUUGAUUGUGUUAGAGAUCGAGAGAAAGAGAACCAAUCCACAGCAAGGUCGUUUCUCACAAGAAAAUGCGGUAAUCUCUCUUUAAUAGGUCGAGGCCUCUAUACUAUACCUGAUAAGAGCCCAGUGCCAAGUCGAAAGAAAAUUGGAUACAACGAUCCGUCAUGGAUGCCGGAAGACAUGCAUUUACUUAGCAGAGAAAGUAGAGACAAUCUGUUGAAACAACUUAAUGAAAGGCGUCCAAGUAAACCAUUACCUGGGACAGAGAGACCGGCUUCCACUGCGACUGGUUCUCCUAGACCAGGAUUGAGACAUAGGCCGUUCAGCGUUGCUGUUGGCGUUGCAGACAUACUAAAGGAGACCGUAGAAAAUAAACCAGAAAAGACACGUUCCCGUAGCACUGUCACUGCACCUGACUAUCAGUCUCUUGAGAUAGACAAGCAGCAAUCAAACGGUAAUGAGAAUUCUCCGGGUGAUGAAAACUCUGGUGAAGUUGAACAAACUGAAUAUAAGCAGGAGGAAUCUCGUACCAGAAAGAUGUCAACCCAAGACGGACGAAGAAGCCCGAAAAGGAUUAAGUAUGUGGCAGUUUCCUCAUUUGCUGCAGAGGAGGACGGUGAGGUGUCACUUGAAGGCGGAGAAGAGGUCGAUGUACUGCAGAAGGAGGCAAGCGGAUGGUGGUAUGUUAAGAACGAACUUGGAGAGGGGUGGGCGCCGAGUGCUUACCUUAAACCAGUUCAGUUAUCCAGAUCGACAUCUCCGGUAAAUCUAGAGCAGUCCCAAGAUGUGGAGAGUCAAGAACAAUCCAUCCAAAUAGACGAACAAAGCAAUAUCGACAAAGAGGAACAAAAAAUUUCCAGUAUCCAAGAAAAUCAGAAGGUACUAAGAUUAACUGUUCAAAGAAUUUUUUUGUUACUUAUUUUAGAACAGCCUUUCCUUGUUUAGUAAAAAGACGCGUGUAGAGGCGACCCGUUACGCCUAAUUCAGACGCCGCGCGGUUUUCUUUUACGUCAAUGUGGUUAAAACUUCCGUAAAAUGUAUUUAUUCUCACUCAAAGCGGUUUUUUCUUUUGCAUAAAUUUAGUAUACCAUUGCUAACAAAUAAAGCAGCAUUACUCAAAAAUUGAAAUGUUGAUACUUCAUUAUAUCUCAAUGAUGUACCUGGCCUUAAAUUGAGUGAUUCUCCCUUAGCUUUUAUUUAUAUAUUUGGCAAUUAUGAACAAAAGAUAUAAAUAAACACAACUUACUUAAACGAGUAAACGAAGUAGACCUACAAUUAAAACGAAAAGUAUUCGCUGCUUAGUCACGAAAUCGUAAUGAUCUCGCCCUGUGGGGGUUGAUUGUUUCGUUGGCAAAUAUGCUGAUAAGAUAGCGAGUUAUUAUAUUGCAUUUAAGGAAUGAAUGAUAAAUAUCAAAGGACAAAGCAGAGAACACAGUCACGAAAUUGAUGGUUUGUUCUCUCUUAAUGUUCGUCCGUUAAUGCUAUGAAACUUCUAGGGCAUGUCAAACCAGAAGUGAAUAAAGAAGUAGAUUGGGCCAGAUUUUCAGUAUAAUAAAGUGUUAAUUUGAUAACAUGCCUCUUGCGGAAAAUGAUAGUUUAAGUGGCUUACUAAUUGCUGAUACAAGUCGCCAUAGUGUCAUUAAAAGAAAAAAAAACAAAUAAACAAAGCUUCCUAAUAACUAUCACACUAUGGCCAUCAUGAGAUUGCAAAAGUAAAUUAUUUGUUGGUUGACGCCAUUUCCUGUAUGAGUAAGCCAUUUGCGGUAAGCGGCGGGGUAGGUGUCUAUUCAUAAAAAAAUUACACAUGUUCUUCUUCUCUCACAUAGUCUUUGAAUCGAAGCAGUGAAGAAGGGACGCAGAAGGUAUCAGGCGAAAUGAAUCGUCGCGUCAAGUUUUUGAUGGUUGAAGGAAUCCAAAAGAGAAAAAAUCCAGAUAAAAAUUACGUAAGUACUGGCAAGUGUUCACAAUCAGAAUUUUUCCAUUCUUGGUUUUUCUCCAUUUGUUUUUCAAAAAGUUAUCAAAUAGAAGUACUCUCCAUUCAUGUGUCAGAAUGAUUCGAAAUGCUGGAAAAGAUAGGGUACAAACCUAAUUAAUACAAAAUCUCAGUUUCUUAAUUAGAAGGCCGGACUUACUUUGAUUUUUGUUCUCUAGGUUUAUAUUCUAAAGGUUGUAUGGUCAGAUGGAGCUAUCAACAUCAUAUACAGACAAUGUAGCGACUUCUUCUUUCUACAGGUAAAAUCAUCUUUAUAUGUUACUUCAUGCAGUCCCUUUUCAAAAGAAGUCACCUUUGCGUGUUUUUCCACGAGAACGUUAUGUACGCAGAGAAACUAUUCUAAACCGACAGGUUUCUCAUGGUCUACUUCAUUAUAAAUACCGAGAAAACACAUCAAAAGCAAUACUACGGCGGUUUGCGUUUACAAAGCCCUGGCUUCCCCCAACCUCCACAAGUUAUCAAUAUCAUUACUGAAAAAUAUUUGCAAAUAUAAAUUGAUCUUUCUUAUCUGCAUCGUUUCUCAUUGAAUCACUCUCAAGACCUGUACGAUUAACGAAAUUUGAAGAAAAAAUUUACAUUGAUGACCUUAUGUUAGUAUCCAAUAGCUUUUAUUAAAAAAUUUUUAUAACCAAAGGAAUUGAAGAAAAGAAUUAACAAUAAUAAUAAUAAUAAUAAUAUACUAGGUGCUUAUUGAGCGCAUUUCUGUCUCCAAUGCGCUUUACAUCAUGAUAAGAAAAAGAUAAAAAUAAGAAAACCUCUACCUGACUUUAACUUAGACGUCCCUAAAAUUAUAGAAUGUACCUACACAUAUUAUUCCUCCUUUAGGAAAGUCUCAAGAAAGAAUUCCCAUCUGCUAUUGGAAAAGAAAUCCCAGUGCUUAAAGGUGAGAAUUGGUAUUGCAACAAAAAGACCAAAAAUUGACUGUUGAAAGAUUAAGGUAAACUUGAAGUAUUAAUAUUUUGUUUCCAUUUGUUUUUUAGGAAGGAAAUUUACAGAAAAUUGUCAGUUUUGCUUUAAGGAUGGAACAUGUAAAAGAAGGCAAUUCAUGAAUCAAUUUUGCCACGUAAGUCGUUUAAAUGAGUCAGCACCUGCAAACCUUUCAUGUAAUCGGCGAGACAAAUUUUUUGUGAGUUUAUUUUCAAGGUGGUUUUUGAUUGGUUCAAAUUUUCUUUUCUAUUCUUGAUUAGGAACUUGUCAACUCACCUGACAAAAUUUCUAAGUGUCAAGCUGUCAUGCAUUUCUGCAAGCCUCGUUCUAGUGACGUUCUUCCUCAUGGAACGUAAGUAACAUUCGUUAUAUGAUUUCACCAACAUAACAAAGACACUGAAUUCUACCACAAGCUUUAUUUUUAGAAGAACUCCCACCAGACAAAAACCGCAGGAGUGGAGCGCUUAACUCACACAAAGAAAGAUCUGAAAUGUAAUGAGCAAGCCAUUUUUAGCACAAAGGCAAAGUUGUUAGACUAGAUCUUAAUUAUUAAAUUUCUGUAGAGUUAUAAUUCAUUCUUGCUUCUUUCUCAGAAAUGAAAAGGCUGCUUCCAAGAACAAAGAAGGUGAGUCGGAUCUAAGUGAUUUCUAGUUGUUUUAUUCGAUCAAAAUUUGGAUAGCUUCUACAUUCACUCAUCCAUAAAAACGAAAAGGAAAUAACAGUAUUUCCGUAUUACAGGUGACGACAGCGACAAUGUUUCGAUAUCAGGACCUGUGGUAUUUGAACAGUAUAUAGUCAUUGCUGACUACCAAAAGAAGAACAGGAACGAUAUUUCUCUGACUGCUGGAGACACCGUUGACGUCGUCGAAAGAAAUGAAUUGGGUGAGAAUGCCACAAACACCAUUAACAAUUUUUAACUUGCAAAACUUUACUUUUGACGAAUUCUUCCAACACACUUGAAUUCUAAUAUCAUGGAAUUGUUUGCAUAUACUUUUGAUGAGUGGGGGUUUGUUGUUAAGUGGUUUUGCUCUAAGUUGUUGCAAGCUUACUGGGGGGUUUAAAUACCACGAGUGAUAUUUGAAAAAGUUCAUGGGGACAAUUUGAAAUAUCACUGGUAAUGCCCCCCGCAAAUCUUACUGUUAAGGCCUAAAAUACACCAACAAAUUUUCACAUCAGGAUUUCAAAGAACUGAAAUUGCUCUUUAAAUAAUAAUCGUAUUAACAUAAAAUUGCUUUCUGCCAACAAAGUACGCAAUAAAAUUUGAUCCCCAAUGUUAGAUAACCAUACUGCAGGUUAAAAACAGUAGUGGCGUGAAGUAUUAGCUGCCUAUCAGGUCCUUCAGCAUUUCAUAGUUUUCAAAACUCAGCGUUUGCUAUCUCUUUAAACCAUGCAGGUUACAUCAUAACAACUAUUUGAACCUUUUUUUUUAAGGUUGGUGGUUAGUUGACCGUGAAGGCGAGUUAGGCUGGGCUCCUGCGUCACAUCUGGAGCCAACUGAUGAUGGGGCAGAGAUCACUUCCUCCAAAACCUACGCACCUGGUCAAGGUAAGCCGAUUGCACAUAAAUUUUGAAUAAGGAACACGGAUUUUUUACAUGUUUGAACCAAACCAUACAACAGAUGAGUAUUGGCAAGAGUCUUCUGUGAAGCGGAACCCUACUGUAUUCACUAACAAGACCACCGCCUUAUUAGACCACCUGUGAACUGAAUACAAAGAGCCACUUAUUCAUUUUCUCAACAGAAACCUCUUCAACACAACCACGUCGUCAAUACGAAGAGAUUCGAUCGCCCUUAGGUGGUUCAAAUAACGGCGUGGUAUUGUACUAAUUAUCAAAUAGAUUAUUGGAGACAUUCAUGUUUAUUUUCAUCUUCUGCAGAGGAGGUGUACCAAUCUGUGCAGAGCUACAAAGCUAGUGCUGAAGAUGAACUUUCUUUCGAUGUUGGUGUUAUGUUGAAAGUUGUGGAAAAAACUUUGGAUGGAUGGUGGCUUGUCAGGUACACGAAAAUAAGGUUUCUUCUAACAUUUCUUCCAAAGCAAAAAAUCUUUGAACAGUUCCAUUUUGCCCACAUAGGAGUAGAGAAGGAACUAACACGGCAGUAUUUUCGGUUUCCGUAUUUUCUGAGUUUUGAGAAAUUUGCUCCUUACCAAACAAACUCUCAAUUUGCAGAAGUCUUAGUCACCUGGACUGUCUUUGCCAAUGCGGCAUGGUUGGUCUUACUAUAGCCAAAAACCCCGCUGUCAUAGUCUGGAGACACGCAGGCUCCAUCAAAAUGAUCGUCAAUGUGACAAUCCCUGGGUGCAGAAAAGGAGAGCAUAGCUAAUAGUAACUCAAAUAUGUGUACUCCUCGCUUAUGUCACUUUACGUUCUUUUCUACUCCGUUUUAGUUAUCGGGGCGACCAAGGGUGGGCGCCUGCCAUGUUUCUGAGAAAAGUAUCUGGAGGUGAUUCCUCCCCUACAUCCAAUGGAAAAAUGGACGUAUUGGAUAUCGUUUCCUUUAAUGGAGGUAAAUUAUGACAAUUUACGAUUCUUAGAUUCAUUUCUCCAACCUGACAUUAGUCUGUUAUUAUCCAAAUAGUUACAUUUAGGUAAGGAUCUUACCAAGUUCAAAAGUGACAGAAAUUGAGCUAUUAUAUCAGUAACCGAAUGAGGUGUCCUUGGUUCAAUUUUCGCGAGGCACGGUACCCUAAGAUGGGUCUGAGGACGUCAGUAUUUUUAAGUAAUGACGUUCCAGUAGAAGUAAAGAAAUUCUGCGAAAGUUACACUGAAUAUCAUGUUCUAAUUCCUUUUGAUAUGAGAUUAUAUCAGUUCAAUGACUUACCUAAAUAUCUUUAAAUCAAUUACAGAUUCUGAAGAUGCCGAUGGAAAGCCAAUUAUGAGGACACCUCCCGCAAGGCGGGACACGGUAAGAGGUCUUUCAAGGACCAAUUAUUAUCAAGCACAAGAGAAAAUGUUUCACCUGAUUUUUCAACACCGUCAAGUCGCGUGAACCAACGAAGGUACAGGCGCGUUUUGAAAUCGACUCAAAGCUGUCUGGAUAUCAGAUGAAACACUUGCCGAGUGUUUGAUAUGGUUUCUGAUAUAUAUUGAGCAAUAAUUCCUGAAGAAAUUUAAAUAUCGCUUUUCAAGGCCUUGACGAUCAGUAUCGUUGCUUUUGAUCAGUACAAGACCUUGAGCGUAUAUGCCACUGCUUAAAAUAAGACUGCUAAGGGUCCUUUUUCACUUCAGUAGAGAAAGCUGUCACCGUGAGACUAGAGCGAACAAAUGAGCAGAGAAAGAUGCUUGAGAGCCCGACAAACCUGCGUGUUGUUAGCACUUUAGCUACGAAAUGUCGACGAGUGGUAAAAUAUUUUUUACUUUUAUCAAUUUUAGGUUAAGAAAACAGUCAGAAAAAAACCGAAGAGAAAUUCCAAUCCUGAAAUCCAUGAAACAACGAUACCAGAAGAUCAAGAGCCCUACACAACAGAAAAGAAAGAUCGCGCGAUAUCAGUACCAGCAAGACCAAUGACACCAACUGUUACAAAGAGAAUGCCACCACGUUCAAAAUCAAAUUCCUCUUCUCGACCCGCCUCAGGGGAGAUCCCGCAAUGGGCACAGCAUCAGACGUCUUUGGACCUAUCCAGCGGAUAUGGAACAUCUCCAAGUGGCAGUCUUUCGUCUCUUGCAUCUGAAGUUUUUACGCCUGAGGAAAAUUCUCCUCCUAUCAAAAAAUGUGCGACACUUCCUCGAUUCGAUCAUAUUGAAGACAAAGUAGUGCAGUCAGCUCCUUCUCCAAAUAUACCUCGCUCACAUUCUGUUACAUCAAUGGCACAAUACAAGAAGGAAAUGGAGGCAGCCGUGAAUGGUAGGCUACAGCCAAGCGGAAAGUCUUCAGGCCGAAGCAGCCCAAUUCUAGCACCGAGGAAGAUUUCCGCAACUAACAGACGAAGUCCAUUGGCAGGGUCACCACCACGAAUUCACGACCUCAGAACACUGCACAGAGAAUCUGGCCCAGAGAUAGACUAUGAAAGUGGUUCAGAUUACCGCAAUGACUUAGAUUCACCAAGGUAUCAAGUAAGCAGUAGCCAAAAUCGAAAAUCUAGUUCGCUUUACAGAGCUAUGUAUGCAUAUAUAGCUCAAGAAGACGGAGAAGCAACCUUUGAAGAAGGAGACUUGGUGGAGGUUCUUCAACGAAGCAGCAACGGCUGGUAUCUCCUAAACACAGAAAAUGGACUAGGAUGGGGUCCUUCAAAUUUCCUACAGACUGUAGAAAAUUAAAUCUAAUCUCCUGAAGAAAAUCACUGCAGUAACAGUAAGGUCCUUAUAUGAUACUGCAAAGCUAUUUUUGUUGUUUUGAUUCAAUUUUGAAAUUACAAACACUAAAAAACUCGUGUCCUAUGAUAAAUAAAUGCAGCAGCUUUAAUUGCUAGAUAUGUCGUUUUGCAUAACAAAAUUGAAGCGCGUCGCUCCAUUUGUUAAGUCUGAUCAAUUUAGGAAAAAAUGUGCUAAAAUCUCAUGCGACCGAGAGGAUAUAAGAUCUAGGAAAAGGCUUGCAAAUAUACUAACUUUCCUAGUCGGCUAUCUAAAACUUCUAAACGAUGUCCAAAGCCCACUUUGCUGUUUACAUUCAAGAGAAAGCUCCGCUUAGAAUUAUAGACCCCUCAAGAAAGACAUACUCCUCUGUAAUGCAGAUAAAAGGACAGAUACCUUGUCUUGAGGGAGUCAUUUGGUCGUAUUCAGUGAAUAGGAGACCAUACGUUUUACAAACAUUGUUUUUGUCGCUCAAGUAAGUAUCGAGUGAAACAAAGGAAUCUUUCGUUAAAAGAAUCAAUGUGCUUCUGGUUGGCACAUUAAGAUCAGUAGGUGACGUCAGCGUGUGUAUCGCCAUACGGCAAUAGAUAAGAAAUCUAUAAUUUACCGAAAGAGAUUAGGUACCGUUGUAGUAAACAAAUGCGAGAAUUUCCAAGUCAGGAAAUUUGUAUAUAGAUUUAUAUUUUAACAAUUGAGUGAGAGGAGAAUGAAAAUCAGUGUACAGUUGUCUUAAGAUGUUCCUUAAAUUACAAGAUUACAGAAAUAGAAUAGGAAAAAAGGACGCCAAAAAAAGUUGACAUUAUAGGCGAAGUAACGACUGACUUAUCAAACCAUGUUGUCAGGUACUACAUGAAGUUAGCGACAAUGUCCAACUCAAAACUACGUGAGGACAAACCGAUUUGAUUUAAAAUACUAUACAUUAUGUAAUUAAAAAUAAGUAAAGUUAUUUUAAUCUUAUUUACAAACAUGCAGCUAUAUAUAGUAUAUCCUAUGUAGAUCUUGUACCCAUCUGGUUAACCUAUAUAUGGUCAAAAUAAUAAAGAAAAUCAAAAAAAGAUUCCUGAUUUCUGAGUAGCCUGUU